AUUUCAGAGUUGCUUUUUUUUUGGAAAAGUGUUGUCACUUCAUCUUCAGUCAAAUGGCUAACCCUACUGAAGCUGCCACCAAGAACAUCAUCACUUUGAAAGGCUCAGCUAAACUUGUAUCUGAAUUUUUCUACUAUGGUAUCAACAGCAUCUUAUACCAGCGAGGCAUCUAUGCUCCCGAGAGCUUCACAUACAAGCAGGAAUAUGGCCUUACUCUUUUUGUUAGUGAUGACAAAGGAGUGAAUACAUAUCUUAAAGAUGUUCUUGCACAAAUCAAAGACUGGCUGGAGAAGGGCCAAAUCAAGCGUCUGGUUCUGGUGAUCAACUCUGUGGCUACGAAGGAGGUACUCGAGCGCUGGGACUUCCAGAUUGACUGUGAGGCUACAGCUCAGCACAAUGAUAAUGAUGUAAAAAAGGAAGCUGUGGGUGAGAAGGACCUGAAGCUGAUCCAGCGUGAAAUGCGUGACGUCAUCAGGCAAAUCACAGCAUGUGUUACCUUCCUGCCUCUACUUGACCAGCAAUGUGCCUUUGACCUGCUGGUGCACACCGACAAAGACUGCAAUAUCCCCGACUCUUGGCACGACUAA